UGGAGGACGAGAAGAGCUGCCAACAGAGCAGCAGUCCAAUCCAAGCGCAGCCGGGACUCCUUCUGGCGCCAUGCGCGCGCGGUUCGGAGAAGGGGGGGCGCGUGACGAUACGGACGGAUGCGGCUCCUCGAGCUCCUGGCUGGGAACACCACCACCUCAACAUUAUCAUCCUCAACAAGUGAGACCGGCGUGUUGUGUUUCUUAAGCAAACAUAAACACAGCCACGUCUGGAGAUAUGAACCAUUUCACCUGGAGAUUCAUUGACUUAGGAACUUUACCGUCCGACUAUUUAACCUUUAACCGAAAUGUGGACGUGUGGAAGAAGCUGUUCUUCUCAGAAAAUGUUCAUUUUGUAGUUGUUUUUAUAAAAAGGCUGCUUCUUUCAACGGCGAUACACAUGUGAAAACUACAGCUGUAUUAUCGACCAUAUCUCAGCUUUUUGGUAGCUGAGGCUGGGUGGAAAAAAAAAAAAACUGCUGUUAAUUCAUAUGAAGAUAAAACUCUUUCCCGUGCCCAAUGUAACAUAUCGAUUCCCUUGUCACUCGGCCCGCUCCAGGCUCUCUGAAGCUUUCAACGACUUCACAAUAAACCUGAGAUUACUGCUCCCUGCUGUAACUGGAAUAUGCUCAGUGAGCAGCUCAAUAUUUGGAUGAGCUCUUUUGAAAUCUUCUUCUAAAGAUUAUAUGCAAUUCUAUCAAAUCAAUUCUGAAGGAUUAUCUCAUGAUAAACCCAUGUGUUUGUGUGAAUAAUCUGAUAAUUCUGGCAUUUUGAGAGCUAAUGACACUGCGGUUAUCACCAUUUAAUGCCACGAAAGAGGUGAAACUAUGAUCACUCUUGCCUGACAGGACUUGUUGGAGGUUACUGCUGAAUAUGCAGGAUUUAGCAGGGCAUGAUAUGCCCAAGAAAUCCCCAAUCUUUGACGGCUUUGCCCUCUUAUGGGGCUUGCUCUUUGGAUUAUGCAUUGCAAGUACACCAGUGAUGGCUUGUCCCGCAAGUUGUCACUGUAUAGAGAAGAGUGGCAUGACGGUGGUGCAGUGUAUGUCUCGCAACUUGGAGAAGAUCCCGUCAGAUCUUCCAAGAGAUACUGUUGUCCUACUCCUGGCAUCCAACCACAUCACGCACAUCCCCAACCACGCCUUCAAAGAACUGCACUACCUUCAGGAGGUGGACCUGUCUAACAAUGAAAUUGAGACUAUGGACGUUGGGGCAUUUCAAGGUGUUUCUGACAGUCUUCUCGUGCUGGAUCUAUCAAACAAUCGUAUCCAAAGUGUCCCCAAAGAGGCUUUCGCCCGCCUUCGGGCAAAGAUCAGCCUUUCAAACAACCCAUGGCACUGUGAGUGUACGCUGCAGGAGGUCCUGAGGGAGCUGCGACUGGACCCCGAGACGGUGAACGAGGUGAUCUGCCACACAGCCGUGAAGGAGGAAUACGCAGGCAAGCCCGUAAUCCAGGUGCUGGACUCAGGGAUCAACUUCUGCAACUUUCACCACAAGACCACCGAUGUAGCCAUGUUUGUCACCAUGUUCGGGUGGUUCACCAUGGUGAUCGCGUACGUCAUCUACUACGUGAGACACAAUCAAGAGGAUGCUAGAAGGCACCUGGAGUACCUCAAGUCGCUGCCCAGCAGCUCUCAGAUCAGCAAGGACUUUGACACUAUAAGCACUGUUCUCUAGCAGGAGGUGUGGUGGUGCGUGUGUGUGUGUGUGUGUGUGUGUGUGUCCCUGUAAAUAUGUGAGUAAAUGUGUGGUUAAGUACACAUGACUAAAAAGCUGUUGCAACAAUAAUCACAGAUGUUUUUCAGAACAUAAUUUGAGGUCUUUCAGUGACUCAAAUGGGUCAUUUUGAUUUUUUAAAACCCUGGCCUCAUAAAUGAUAUAUUUUGUAUUAUUUCAAAGCAUUUAUUUUGAUUUGAUUAAAUAUGAGAAAAUCUGGUGGUACAACCAGAAAACGCAGCAGUGUCAACGGUGAUAGCACAAAAUGAACAAACUACUCAUAAAACCCACACUCCAUGAGGGAUGACAGAUCUAGAGUGGAGAGAUAAAUAUCCCACUCUGAUGUCGAUCCACGGUGUGAUUGAAUUUGGACUGAGAUGAAUGAGGAAGACGCCUGUGUCUUCCAGUUACUUUAUAUUGAUUGAUUUAUGUUCUUAAUGUCACUCUGUCAUGGUGAAGGCUAUUUUACUACUUAUGCUGAUAUCAAAUAGGUCGAGGUGUUAACAGUCAGUUUGCAUAAGAAACACAUAAAAACCCAGCCGCCAAUAAAUCUUGCAAAUAAAACUACUGGUCCAGGAAAUAGGGUUACACUGCUGUUACUUCUUUUUACUGUGCAACCACUGCAUUAUGUCAAAGAAAAAAUUUAGUCGGACAAGGAAAAGUUGCCAUAUACUUGCAGUUGUAAUGUGUUUUUUUUGCACAUCUAAAAAUGAACAUUUCAGCAUCCCAUGCCAAGCUUAUGUAAGGAAAGAAUGUCUCUUUUAUUACCAGGCAAUAUCCCAGUAUUCAAGACUCCGGGUGAAAAGUCUUUCACAGAGGGUGACAGACUGGGAUCUAACCUCCGUAAUAUGUGUGAUAUGUAGUUUCAGCUUCAAUUUGCAAGCUAUGUGACAACUUGAUAACGGUUCACUGGAAAAAUUGUUUGGAAUUCGCAAGUGCAGUCUCUGGUGAAUUUCAUGGUGAUUUAAGCACUUCCUGUUUUUUGCACCAGUACACCGCAGAGAGACGUUCGGUUCAACCUAAUGUUUCAGCUCACUCAGAUGAGCUGAUUAUUACACAGGUUAAAAAAAAAAGAAAAAAGAAAAAGCAUAUCAUCUUUUGAGUUCAGCUCAGAUGUGCUGUAUGUAUGAAUGUAUUUAUGUUGAAUGUCAAACAUUUCAUCUUUUUUGAUAUUGGUGAACCACAGCAGCAAAAUCACAUAUAGCAUAAUUAACACGCCAUAGUCAUUACUUCCAUUGAUUUUAUUGUAGCAUAUAACACUGUUUGUUUAACGUUGGUUUGGACACAAAUUCAGUAUUUUUUUUUAUUGCCUAUGAUUUACUUUGUUGGUCAGGAGGUAAUUGUGUCCAAGUGCCUACUCUCUGGGACUCUCUCUACACCAUAGCACUGUGCACUAAAGUUGGACAACUUGAGUGUCAAGUCCUCUCCCUGUCCACCCUCGCCGUUGCAGAACUCAGAUUUAGCUACAGCCUCUGCCCAGCCAGUCUCUGUGUAAAGCCCAGGGACCUGCGUCAUAAAGGUUUUACAGCCCAAUUAUCCAGAUGUGUGGAUUUUUCCAAAACAAAGGACAAGAGCGUGUGCUAGAAGACAAUGACAGAAAACUCUUUGACAGUUAACAUUGUGUGCUUUUCUGUGAUUGACAGCUGACUGUACCUGUCCUCACAUGGUGACUCCAACUCAUCUCGUAGAUCCAGCAGGUUAAAAUAAACACAAAAAAAAUUAUUUGCAACAAAUACUUGACUCUAGGUAGAGACUUGUUUUUUUAAUUUUGCAUUUUUGUCUUGUCAUCUGACAAAAUGAUCUUUUUUAUACUACUGUAGGUUUCUUGGUUACAGAAGUGUCUGUCUGUGCGGUCUUGACCUGUCAUAUAACAAUGUUUGUGCUGGCCAAUGUGUACACAACUCUUAUGUUGAAGGAAUGCACAUGCCGUCUGUGUUGUUAUGUAAAAUGUGUCUUUAGCUGAACCAUCAUCAAAGUGUUUGGAUGUCUUGAGGAACUUGUAAUUGGUUAAUGUCUUUUCUUCAUCUAAAGAAGAACAGAUCUAUGAGGUCGUUUUUUCUGGGAUGGGAAUGAAAGGGCUCCAAUAAUUUUGUGAUAAUAAUGUGAUAAUCAAUUUUCUAUCUGUGUCAGCAGUUCCUGUGUUUGUUUUAUUCUUUCGAUUUCAAUGGAUACCUUACCAGCAUUUGAAAAUAAAAAUUCUUUUCC